AUGAAUGAACGAAACCGUAUCAACAGUUUAAACGAAACUGUAAAUGAUUAUUCAUCAUAUUCAUUCGAUCGUUUGUCAUUUGAUAAUUAUGAUGAUAUUGAUGCACAACAAUUCACAGCUGUAUUUCAACAAAUAUUUUUAAAAAUUAUUAAUGCAGUCAAUGAAACACAACAACAAUCAUCAUCAUCAUCAUUAUCAACGUUUGAUUCAAAUUUAGCUAUCAUCGCUUUUUUACCAUCAACAUUCAAUAAUACACUGUCUCCUCUAUGGAGUAAAAUAUCACUUUGGUGUGUUCUAAUUAUCAAUCCAAUUUUGAUCAUAUUUGGAGUACUUGGUAAUAUUUUUGCCACAUAUAUUCUUAUCCGAUAUAAUAUUGUCAAAUUGCCUAUCAAUGUCUAUACUGUUAUGCUCAAUAUAUCAGAUACAUUGAAUCUAUUAAUACCAGUGUUUAUAUUUUGGCUCGAUAAUUGUAUAAAUCGUAAAGAUGAUAAAGGCUAUUUUCGUGAUAAAUCUAAUUUUUUGUGCAAAGUAUUGAUGUGUCCCGAUCAAAUGUUUGCUGCUUUGAGUGCAUGGUGUAUGUGUAUAAUUAGUUUUAACCGUUGGCGAAGUGUUUGUCGACCAUCAUCUUUUUAUAUGAACAAUAAUAAUAAUAAUAAUAAUAAUAAUAUUCAUAAAAAAAAAUCUUUUCGAUAUCUACUAUUUUGUAUUCUUCAUCAUCGAAAUUUAAAAGCAUUUCGAACUGUUGCUUUAAUAACGUUGAUAUUGAUAUUAUUAUCAUGUAUUCCAAUAUUUUUUCAUGAAUUACGACCAGUUAUACCGUCCGACAUGCAAAUGUUUGAUUUAAAUAGGGAAGUUGAACAUACAUACUUACUUAUUUGGAAACGUUGUUAUUAUAGUUAUCAACACGAACAUAUUUACAGUAUUAUUGGUAUUAUAUUAACAAUUAUUUUACAUAUUAUUCCUCUAGCAUUUGUAGCUGGUGCUAAUAUAAUGAUUAUAGCACGAUUACAUCAUCGACAAAUAUUAUCAUCAUCAUCUGUAUCUUAUAUUGUCAAAAAUGUUAUUAAAGAGAAUACAGAUGCCUCUAAUGAACAAAAACCAAAAUUAACAAUUGAUAUACAACAUUAUGCAUCGAUUAUUUCAUUACCGUUACCAAGACGACAACAACAAUUUUUACCUCCAUUUCUUCGAAAACGUGCAACAUUUUCUCACAUAACUACAGGACAUACAAUAACCGACAAAAAAUUGCCUAGUUCUAGUAUUGAUAAUGGCAAAUAUAUAAUUAACAAACCACAAGAAAAACGUUUAUCCAGUAGACAUUGUUCUCGUGAUCGUACAAUAACUAUAAUGUUAGUAUCACUUGCCAUCUCUUAUCUUGUUCUAACAGUGCCAUAUCGUCUAUUAUGGAUUUGGAAUGUAUGGAUUAAACAUGCACAUCCAGAAUUGUUAAGUUCAUCCAAUUAUGCAUGGAAAAUGCAUUAUAUUGAUCAUUUUUUAAAAACAAUACGAAAUAUACAUUUUGCAACAAAUUUUAUAUUUUUUAUAUUUUUAUCGAAAACUUUUCGACAAAAAUUUCGACAAUUAUUUAUUAAUCAAUUUAAAAAGGUAGUUAAUAAUCAACAAACUAAUAAUAAUAAUACUGUUGUUUGUAAAAAUCGUGCUGAACAACACCGUAUUAUAAUAAUUAAUGAACAAAGUCCACUUAUAAAAUAG